ACGGUAUACGGUACACACUGCACUGGCGAGGAAAAGUGCAAAGUUUCUGCAGGAAAUUAAUUCCCGCAUCCAAUAAAAACUUUCUUCCUUUUAACAACACUUCGUAAUUCGGUCCAGUGAAGCGCAAAAAUAUAGUGAAGUGUCAACCAAAGAAAAAAACAAGGAUAUUGUCGCAAAUAAAGAUAAAGUGGAAAGGUCCAAAUCCAAGCGAGCUCUGGCAAAAGGCAAAAAAGUGACGGCUGCUGCCGCCGAAUCUGAGCGGAGGCUGCCCACAGCUGCCUCCGGCUUCGGCUGAGCUUGGUUGGAGCUGACUCACUAUACACUUAAACUAAUUUACGUGCAGAUUACCCGCUGGAGCUGGAGACUGAGGGACUGACGACUUGCCUGCCCCUGCCGUCGCCGUCGCCACUAGUCAAACAUUAAGAAAUUAGACUUGGAAGUUGAAACAUUUUCUUUACGCCGUGUCUGACUUGUGAGCCGAUACUGAAAAAGUGAUGGCACGUCAAGGGGAAUGUGGAAUCAAGUACAAUAUUUUAAAUGAGCCUAUCUCACUCUCAGCUCUGAAACUUGCAACAGAAUUACAGAGAUGUAUCAUGAAAAUCAAAGCUCUGUGUAUGUCAGAAGAUGGCUCUGGUGUGGAUUAUUUCAAACUGGGUCGGAGUGACCUUUUCUUAGACUUUACAGCGAAAACAAGAGAGCUAAGCAGCAUUGACCUUCGACCCUUGACCUCGGAUCAGAGGAAGGCUUUCUUUAUCAACAUCUACAAUGCACUAACCAUUCAUGCUUUAGCUGUCCAACCAGAACUACCUAGAACUGUUCUUGAAGUCCAGGACUUUUGGAAGACCAGUUCCUACCUCAUUGCUGGACAGGUCUAUUCCCUGGAUGAUAUAGAACAUGGCAUUUUGAGAAGGAAUAAGCCACACCCUUCCACCAAGAAGAGCUGUUUCCAUGACGAUGACCCUCGGUUAGCUUACAUGGUUGAUACCUUGGAUGCCAGAAUACACUUUGCUCUGAACUGUGGGGCUGAGUCCUGUCCCCCAAUCAGUGUAUACACAGAGCAGAAUCUCGAGAGGGCACUAGACAUGGCAGCGAAGAAUUAUUUAAAUCAAGAGAUAACAAUGGACAUUGACUCCAAGCAGAUCAAUCUUCCGUCACUCUUAAAAUGGUAUGGUAGUGAUGCGGCCGAAACAGACAUUGAAGUUGUAAGGUGGACCAUUCCAUUCCUUGACGGGGAGAAGGCAGCACAAGUCCAGGAGCUUAUCACAGGGUCAGAGGUCACAGUAGGUUACAGGCCAUACAGCUGGAAACUGAACAAUAUUCAAAUAGGAGAGGAGUUUGAUGAUUCGGGGGAAAGCAAGGAGAAGAUAAGCAAGAUGUAAAUCAGGCGCGGAGAUGCAUGAUGUCUUGCAUAUUUCUGAUACAUAUUUUUGAUCCCAGGUUUUUUAUAUAUUCUUAUUUUCUAACUCACUCUAUUUAUUUUCUGUUUAAUUCUGUGUUUUUCUACGAUUUUGAACAAUAAUAGAAAACCAAUGAAUAAUAAUUAUUACUUAUACAGUGCAUUUCCCUUAAGGCCCAAAGUGCUUACAAUGAAAAUAAUUACAAGAAAUUAUAUAAUGCUAGUACUAUGGUACUGCAAAAUAUGGAAGAGAUGGGUUUUUAAUGCCUUUCUGAAAAUUCCUUUUGAUGGGGACUGUCUUAUUAUAAGAAAGAGGCAAAUCAUUCAUGUAUUGUAAGUUCUUUUUAUCAGUAGUUACAGCAUUUUCCUAACAAUAUCAUAGUAUUUUUUAAAAAGUUGAUUCAUGAUUUUUGUCUUUUGUAUAAUUCUGGUUUUUGUUAUAAAUUGAAUAUUCCACCUUUGAGCUGCCUGUUUUUGUUGGUUUUAUUCAAUUAAGUGAUCUUCAAGUCGGGGGGGGGGGGGGGGGGAGGGAGACCACACAAUAGAAUAUUCCCACUGAUCAAUAAGUUUGCUGCUUGAGAUACACCAGUGUGUAAAUUGUGAAAUAAGCCUGCAUCAUUUGCAUGUGAUCUGCCCAAGUCAAAAUCUAUGGCCCGAAUUCACAAAGGUGGUUUUUAAAACCAUCGGUUGAACCCAUGGUUUAAUGCAGAUUUCCUGUAUAAAUUACGCUUAUUUACCGAGUAUAUUAAAAACUGUCCAAUACUGAUGGAUGCUUUUGUCACAGUGCGCAAAAUUGAUGCCUGUUGUCAUGGUUAAGUACGCUAUUUUAUUCAUGAGUCCACUGUUUGGUGAGUGGACUCUGAAAUCAAAACAGUAGGCGUCAAUUUGGCGCACUGUGACAAAAGGGGCAUCAGCAUAGGACAUUUUUUAUACACGUGCCCGAUACGUGCCAAAUUAAGCAUAAUCUAUACAGGAAAUCUGCCUAAACCAUGGGUUCAACCGAUGGUUUUUAAAAACCACCUUGUGAAUUCGGUCCUGUAUGUAUGUGAGAUAAACAAAACGAUUACAUGAAAUUGUAUUUUUGUACACCAGAUGAUAUAUAUUGAUAUAAAGAAAAUAAAUAUGAUUUAUGAAGGAA